UAUUUUCAUAUGUAUUAAGUUGCAAACUUACGAAAUACGUAUCUAACCGUAGAGCUCAGUUAUUUUAUUAUGUCCAACGGCAACUAUUCGUUACGAUGAAAAUGAAGUAUCUUCUAUUUGCUAUAUUAAUUCUGACGACCACAACUUUAAGCUUUGGUAUUGAUCUAGAAGAUUUAUAUGAUUGGAAAUACGUUGAUUUUCUCUGGGAAGAUGAAAUGCAGAAGGACUAUAUGGUAAAAUCUGGCAAAUACGACCCUCAGUCAUGUGUUUUAUACGACGUGGACAGGGCACCAGAUGGCAGAAUAUUCGUCACUUCAGUAAGGGAAGAGGGAGUACCAGCUAGUCUGAUGACAGUAUCUAAAAAACGUGGGCCAGGCGGACCACUUUUGGAACCAUAUCCAGAUUGGUCAUGGUAUCGUGAUAAUGAUUGUAGCGGCAUUAUAAGUGUAUAUCGGGUAGCCAUCAAAUGUAAUAUGCUUUACGUUCUGGAUUGUGGCAAAGUCGGGGAAAAUGCAGUUUGUCCCCCCAAAUUAUUGAUCUUCAAUUUAAAGAGUAACAUGCCCAUUAAACGUAUUAUUAUUCCACCUAAUAUCGCCGAAAACAAAAAUGGCACUGGAUUACUCGUGACGCCACUUGUUUAUACUAAAGGAUGCCAUCCCUCAGACGAUGUGACCGUGUUUAUGGCUGACAUCGAAGGAUACGGAUUAGCGAUAUACAACAAAAAUUCAGACGUCUUCUGUAGAAUUGAAUCAGAUUACAUGAAACCGACUAAUCCCUAUUUCACCAUAGAAAACGAGAGUUUCUAUCUAGAGGACGGUAUUCUUGGCUUAACAAAUAUUCGUGAUAAACUGUUCUAUUCUCCCUUGGCGGGGAACGACAUAUACAAGAUGAAUAUAUACGAUAUACCAAAAGAAUGUUUAGAACACAACGAAAGCCAAGUUGACAAAUCAACUCAAUUGGCGGGUACAUUAAGUGGUCAAACAGCAGCGAUAGCAUCCGAACAAUGCGCAAUAUUUUUCAGUGAUAUCCCUGAAACGUCCAUUUUAUGCCAAGAUGCUACUAAAGAAUUUAAUUCUACCAAUACGGAACUUAUUGUGCAAAAUGCCGAGAAAUUGCAGUUUGCAAGUGGAAUGAAAGUUACAAAUCGUGGGGAGAAGCUGAUGAUUUUAACAAAUAGAUUUCAGCGUGUUUUCGACGAUACAUUAAAUCUAAACGAGACAAACUUCCGGAUUCUCGCCGUGGUUAUAGAUCAAAUACGGCAGGAGACAAAUUGUUUUGCUUCUUGCGAAAACGAUCAUAAACCUGGUAAUCAUGGACACGGGCAUCAUGGGCACUGGCAUCAUGGACAUGGGCAUCGUGGCCAUGGGCAUCCUAGACAUGGGUCUGGUAAACCUUGGUAUGGUAAACCUUGGUAUGGUAAACCUUGGUACGGUAAACCUUGGUAUGGAAAACCUGGACAUAGCUUUGAUAAACAUUAUAAAUAUGAUAAACACGAUCUUAUUUUACUGUGCAUACUGGCGAACACAUUUGUUACACGGAAAAUGAGGCACGCAUUAUUUCUUGUAUUAAUUCUAACGAUUACAAGCAUAAGCUUCGGUGUUGAUCUAAAUGUGGAUUAUACAUGGAAGUACAUUGAUUUUACAUGGUCUAGCAACCGCCAGAAGCAAAUAGCAAUAGACUCAAAAAAUUAUAGUGUCAACGCGUGCAUUCCAUUUGAUGUAGAUAAGGCACCAGAUGGUAGAAUAUUUGUGACUCUGGUAAGAGAUGCGGGAGUACCAACUAGUCUGACGACAAUAAGUAAUAAACCAGGAGAAGGUGGUCCACUUUUGUCUCCAUAUCCAGACUGGUCAUGGUAUCGCGAUUUUAAUUGUAGCGCAGAACGCAUUAUAAGUGUAUAUCGGGUGUCCAUUAAAUGCAAUUUUCUUUUCGCUCUGGAUUGUGGCAAAUUCGGAGAACGCGCAUAUUGUCCUCCCCGACUACUCAUCUUCGAUUUAACUACUGAUCGGCUCGUUAAAAUUGUUCCCAUUCCACUUAACAUCGCCGAAAACAAAGAUGGCAUUGGAUUACUCGUGACAUCACUUGUUUAUACUCCAAACUGCAAGUGCAUUAUAAGCAAUCCGACCGUGUUUAUGGCCGACAUUCAAGGUUGGGGUUUGGUAAAAUACGAAAAUGAAAAAUUUUGCAGAAUCGAAUCUACUUCCAUGAAACCGACUAAUCCCAAUUUCACUAUAAAUGGUCAGAGUUUUUAUUUGGAGGACGGUAUUCUUGGCUUAGCAAAUUAUAAUACAGAUUUGUUCUAUUCUCUCUUGGGGGGAGAUGGAAUAUAUAAAAUGGAUAUGUGUAAGCUAAAAGACUGUUCACAACUUGGCGCAGACAAAGCUGAUAAGCUAACUAAAUUGGUGGGUAGACCUAGCCAAACAGGACCGAUAGCAUCUGAGCAAUGCGCAAUAUUUUUUAGUAAUGUCUCAGGAACAUCCAUUUCCUGCAAAGAUGCUAAAUCUGCUCCUACCGACAUUGAACUUAUCGCAAAAGAUUCCAAAAAAUUGCAAUUUACAAGUGGAAUGAAAGUUAUAACAAAUCAAAUAGAAAAUGGAGAAUCACAAAAGGAGCUGAUAAUUUUAACAAACAGACUUCAGCGAGCUAUGACUAAUACGUUAGACCCAAGCGAGAUAAACUUUCGGAUUAUCACCAUGGAAAUGGAACAAAUAUGGAAGCAGACGAAUUGUUUUGCUUCCUGCAAAGACCCGUGCUAUACAUCUGAACAUUAUACAUCUUGGUAUGAUACACUUUGGGAUUGGUUCGGGUAGACGUCAACCAUCAAACUGCUUUGAUAAACAUUGUGAAAAUAAAUAAAAUAAACAUGAUAAGUACGGUAAAAAUUAAAAACCUGAUAAAUAUGAUGAUGAAUAUACACAUGAUGGAUGUUGGUAAGAAAUAACUCUAAUAAGUUUUUCUUAAAAAGAAGAAGAAAGCUAUAUAAAAUAUACAUAUAUAAAACGUAUACCAAGACUAAGAAGAUGUAUGCAAUAAAUUUAAAAGUAUAAAAAUACAUGAGUUUUAAUUUGAUCCGGAUACAGCAAACUUCGAACUUUAGUUCGUUUCACGUAACUUACAAUUAGUGUUUAUAAAAUAGUAAUGUCAUUUGGUAAGCUGCAGAUAUUAUGUAAAAUUAUUAAUUGAUAAAUUAAAAGAAUUGUGAAUUAUUUGACACCGUA